AUGCGUGGCAUUGUCCGCAUUGUAUCUCUUUCUUCCUCUGGGUGGCUCUGGACCCUACAUUCGGAGCAAUCCGGAGUGAACGUGCGGCCAAUCGUACGGUGCACAAGUGCUUAAACACACCCGGUAGAUUUCGUCAAAAUCGUGCAAAAAAUUUUGUAAUGAUGUAAUACUCGGAGCGGAAGCGGAACCCGGCCGAAUCGUCAAACCAUACAUUGUGACUAUUACAUCUUGGCGGGCGAUCGCAGGGGGGUGAUUUGUCCAGUCCGGCCGGUCUGGCGGUUUUUGGCUACCUUUAGGAAUGCCACUGUAACUGCAUAUCGAUAUUUUCAAGUAGUACGUCCUACCGCUUCUGCGCUUCACUUUAAUCCCCUCGUAUUCUCGGUAAGCGAACACUUGGAGGCGAAAAGGAAUCAGAAUUAUGAUUGGAGACCACUUACUUUCCCUUUGUACGAUCUUAUCUCAAGAAGUAUAUUUUCAUUAUGGAACAAUUUGAGAUAAAACUUUCCCCAGAUUUAAAGUGGCAGAAAUUCCUGUUCGUAAAAUAGCAAGUAUUUUAAACAAUUAUUGGCUAUUUUUAUGAAAAAAAUAUGCUGUUAACAUUUCUUUACAUGAUAGCCACCAUUAUGCAAGCACGGAGGAUAUCACUUUUAAAAGCACACUUAAAAGCUAUCUUUAAGGGAGACAAGACUCAUCCUUCUAUUGUGCUUAGGAUUAAGAUACCGCAACAUCUAAAAGAUUUCGAUACGGGAUACACGGAUAAACGUUUUUUGGCGAUAAGUUCUCACUUAUGUAUUAAUAAGCACCUAGCGAAAAUUGAUGACCUAGUAUGGUAUCAAGAAGAUGCGAUAUUAUAUACUAUAUACCCUCAACAAAAAGUUUUUGUAUUCGACUGGUUGAGCUGUCCAGACAGAAAGUUUCCCCUGUAUACAAAUAAUUGCUAUCAGAUUUCAAGCAAGUCUGAUCUCAAGAUGCAUAUUCUCGUCGAUCUUGAUAUUGAAACUUAUACACCUUGGGCCUCAACAAUCUCUGCAAAGAUUGAGGACUAUGGUCUAAUCGUGGCGUGGACGUCAACAUUUUCAAGCAUAAGCUUUAUUUUAGAAACAGAUAUAGAACAUGUUACGAGCUUAAUAACUGGGCUCCUGCAAGGACAAUAUCGCGUUAAUUAUGGCUUAUGUGUAUCACGUGUUCAAACUGUUUUGAUAGAGGGAAAGCCAUAUAUUUACGAUGACACCAGGUGUCUCGAGCCACCGUCAGACAUGAGACUUUUUCAGGCAAUGUGCGAAGAGACUCAACUGACUUCCAGCAAAUGUAAGUUUGCAAAGUUUGUUAAAGUACGUGGUAUGAGUGUACGGUUACCCGACGUGGAUCCCUCCGAGAUGGACGAAAAAAAUGUUAAAUCUAACUCCGCGCCAGCAACAUGUAGUUCGUCACCGACUAAGCAUGUAAAAUUUAUAAAAUAUCCACAAAGCUUAAAAACAAUACCAAGAGAUGAUAUGGGCGAUGACACCUUUGGAGGAUACAAUAAACAUGAUUCACCUAAAAUGUAUUUACCUGACGUCACAAAGAAGGAAGACAAUUCGAGUGAAGAAUCGAAAAAUACUGAUCAAAGCAAGUCAAUUAGACAAACCACUUCCAAAAAUUCUGAAUUGGAAUUAAAAGAAAAGCCUAGUAAGGUGGUUAAACCACCAAAUAUACUCGUCUGUGCAGAUACUCGAGGCGCGACCGACAAUUUACAGAAUUUGUUAUCAAAAGUGCUGGCGCCAGAUAGAUAUGAUAUCCGUGUAUUUUAUAAAGAGGACUAUGAUGAUACUUGCAAAGUUUGGAUAGAUCAGGUUUCUUUAGUUGUUCUUAGUGGUAACGUUCGUGCAGAGCUCGGUGCCCAGCUCGUAGAGUAUAUUAUACAUGGAGGUAAACUCCUAGCGUUAUGCUCCGACAUGCUGCAUAUUUUGCUACCAACGUUCCAGACUGCGGAAGUGCGUGAAAAUGAACUUGUCCAAUUUUCGUACGGUAAAUGGAAACAAGUGCGUAUGAUGCAUCACAUCUUUUGCUACCAUGCGUCUCCUGUGCGAACUCGUUUUUCUCAAGAUCAGGAAGAUACAAGGACGCCUCCAUUGAAUCCUCCGACGUCAACUAGUGUUAAGGAUAAAAGGGGAAAUUUACAUUCGUUUGAUGUGAAAGUAUUGGGCAAAGAAGAAACGUGGCACAGUCCGAGCAUAUUGCUUGCAACUCUGCCUAGUAGCGGUGGUAAAGUGGUGUUUUCCCAAAUCCACUUGGAGGUAGAUCCAACGCAGUAUGAGUACGAGGGGGAUAAAUUCAACGAGUUGAAAAAGAGUAAUGUUGCACGUUUGGAGAUAAUCAGCGAUCUGUUGAGCACACAUUUAGGACUAGAGAUAAAUCGUGAUACAAGUCGAGUAUCAGAUAAAGCAUCUGUGCAGUACACGCCAGGUUACUUUUUAGGCAAAUUUGAGAUGAAGAUGAAGAUGUUUGAAAAAUUGAAGGAUAAAAUGAAUGAAAAGAACACAUUAACCGUGUCAACAGAUAUGCAAAUUCAAUUUUGUGCAAAUAACGAAAAUGUGUGCUCACCAUCUGCUAAUCUUCUCCCUAUUAUGAUGCAUAUGUGCCCGCCUAAUUUCUCGACUGUAGAUUAUUUUGAGAAUCUCUCUACAAAGGAAUUGGGCCGUUUAGUGAUAUACACGGAUGUCUUAACAUCCUCUAUGAAUGUGAUUAAUAACACCCAAUUAGAACACGGACUGACUGUCAUUCCACGGCAGCAAACAUCCGGACGAGGGCGAUACAAUAAUAACUGGCUCAGUCCAAUAGGCUGUGCGAUGUUUACUUUACAAGUACAUAUUCCUGUAAAAUCGAAUCUCGGUCCUUAUAUCUCGCUUCUUCAACAUAUUGCUGCUGUAGCACUUGUAUCAGCUGUAAGGUCUAUUAAAGGAUAUGAGGAUAUUGAUCUCAGAAUAAAAUGGCCUAAUGACAUAUACAUUGGGAAUUCAAUCAAGAUUGCCGGUAUAAUCGUUUCAACGCGAUUGCAGGAAGCAAUAAUAAUUGGCAAUAUCGGUGCUGGUGUAAAUCUUUCCAAUAGUAAACCCACAAGUUGCAUUAAUGAUGUAAUUCUGCAAUAUAAUCAAAAACACGGUACAAAGUUGAAGACGUUGUCUCAUGAAAAGUACUUAGCAUUGGUAUUCAAUGAAAUGGAAACUUUAUUAGAUAUUCUACAGAACGGCAACACAGAGCACUUCUACCAACUCUAUUAUAAAUAUUGGUUGCACACGAAUGCAAAUGUGACGGUAACGUGGACAAAUGGAAGAAGAGAAAAUGUUACGAUAAUAGGUAUCGAUGAGUACGGAUAUUUAUUGGUGAAAGGAAAAAAGGAAAAGUUAUUUUCUGUACAUUCAGAUGGAAAUAGUUUCGAUCUUUUCAAUGGGCUAAUAGUACCAAAAUAAAGAAUUGUAUAUUCGUUAAUUGUUGUCGGGAAUUAUAUCUACAUGUUGAAACGUGAAUAAUAAAUAUGUGUACAUAUAA